GGAGAAUAGCAAAACGGCGUGUGGAAGUAGCGCUUUUUUCUCCACCCAAUCCAAUCUAAACCCAACGCACUUUUAAAAUCUUCAUCUCCACUGCACUGCACACUGCACACUGCACUGCACUUCACCCAUAACAUUAACAAUAAUAAAUAUAAAUAAAUAAAUAAAUAAUUACUAAUAACAUAUCAAUUCAGUCACACUCAUUCUCAUCCCUCUCUCUCUCUUUACAAUUUCCGCUUCCUAGAAGAAUCUAGGGUUUCAAACUCACUCAUUCUUCGCCUUCUCAACGGAAACUUCAACGAGCGCGUGGCACUAUCGUAAUUUAACUCUCUGAAUUUGAUCAUAAUUUGACUGUGAGAAUUUGCAUUGCAUUUGUAUAAAUUGGCGUGAGGAGGCAACAUGACAUUUCUGGUUUCCAUUACAAAAGAAGGGGCAAACUAGUCUUCCAGUAGUAUGGCAACUGAGAGUCCAAUUAGGAUCUCAGAAGCUGGGGGUAAAUGGCCGUCUCUUAAGGAAGCUGCGACGUUUGGUGCACCAUCUCGUCACAUGGCAACAGAGGAUAUGGGUAUAUUUUUGAAUGGUCAUAGGUUCCAUGGCAGUGGAAAGGAUGUGGUCCCCAAUCGCAGUGGCAGUGCACCUCCAAGCAUGGAAGGCUCAUUUCUUGCCAUAGAAAACUUAUUAUCCCAUAACACAACCAGGAAUGCAAGCUUGGGAUCUCUGAACAGAGCUAUGCAAAAAUAUGAUAGCGGUAAAGGUUCUUUUCAUUUGCCACGAGGAACACUUGCAACACACAGGGAGGAGUCCGAAGAUGAUUCAACUCCACAGCUGUAUGAUAAUGAGUUAGAUAAGACUAGUGGAAAAUGGCAUAGACAGGAUGUGGCUUCAACAUCAUCUCAGCACAAAAAUUUAGUACCGGAAGAUCUUCCCAAUACCAUGUCAACUGUAUAUAAUAAGUCUCUUGGAGUGGUGGAUGAACUAUUUGACAUAGAUACUGGUUCCAGUUCCUCUACAGUGGAUACUGUAAAACCUACCAUAGGCGAAGAUGAUAUAAGGCUGUCAUCAACUGUUGAUUCUCCUGCCCCUGUCACAAGCUCAUCAUCUCUCAAUUCCACUGGAAGCAUGGGCUUUAAUGACUUAGAUGUUACAAUUGUAGAAUCUCAAGUAAGGGCUCUCAGUGUAUCUAAUCUACCAAACUCAGAAAGCCAGAGUAAUGAAGAUAAAUGGAAGAGCAGCUGCCAGAAUAAUUUGAUGCAACAUCAGCAACAAAAUUAUCCACAUGAAGUUCCGAGCACCAAUUCUCAAAGUGAAAAAAGUGCAUAUGUUGGUAUGGAACAUUAUCUUCACAAUCCCAACAAGUUCUCCUCUGACGUACAGCCUGUACUGCAAUCAUCAGGGUUUACACCUCCACUAUAUGCUUCAGCAGCAGCUUAUAUGACCUCAACAAAUCCAUUUUACACUAAUUUGCAGGCCUCAGGCAUAUAUUCUCCACAAUAUGUAGGUGCGUACCCGUUUAAUCCCACAGCUGUUCCUCCAUAUAUUGCUGCAUACCCUCCUCAUGGUUCUGUACCACUUGUUGAUGGGGCUACCGGUAAUAGUUUUACUCCCCAAGCACCAGGGGUUUCUCCGACUGCAGGAAACAUUUCACACGGCGCUGAAAGGAUACAUGCAAACAAUUUGUUUGGACAAUUUGCAUUUCCUCUGCAGCCUUCUUUUGGUGAUCCUAUUUACAUGCAAUAUCAUCAGCAACCUUUUGUGGAGGGAUAUGGUGUAUCUGGUCAUCUGAUGGCACCUAGAGCCAAUGUUGGUGGCCAAAUUGGUCCCCUUGAUUCCCAGAAAGGGCCCAAUAGUGGGGCUUACCUGGAUGACAAAAAAUUACAUAAUCAGAGAAGUGGUGCUAAUUUGAAUCCUAAUAGAGGUGGGGUAAUACUUCCUGGUUAUUUUGGACACCCUUCAAAUAUGGGUUUCGUAACCCAGUAUCCAGGUUCCCCACUUUCUAGACCAGUUUUAUCAGGAUACCCAGAAGGCAGUCCUGGCCUUCUAGGUGGAAGGAAUGAAAUGAAACUCUCUCCAGCUUCUGGUAGGAAUGGAGGUUUAUUAUCUGGAUGGCAUGGUCAAAGAGCCUUUGACAUUGCUCAUGACCCCAAAAUUGCUAUUUUCCUUGAAGAGUUAAAAUCUGGCAAAGGUCGCAGAUUUGAACUAUCUGAUAUUAUUGGACAUAUAGUUCAAUUUAGCACUGAUCAGCAUGGGAGCCGUUUUAUACAGCAGAAGUUGGAAAGCUGUGGUGUUGAAGAGAAGGAGUUAGUGUUCAAAGAGGUUCUUCCACAUACUUCUAAAUUAAUGACUGAUGUAUUUGGCAACUAUGUAAUCCAGAAGUUUUUUGAGUAUGGAAGCCCUGAGCAGAGGAAGGAACUUGCAAAUCGACUUCUUGGUCAGAUACUGCCUUUAAGUCUGCAAAUGUAUGGCUGUCGUGUAAUCCAAAAGGCACUUGAGGUUAUUGAUCUUGAACAGAAAGUUCAGCUUGUUCAUGAGCUAGAUGGAAAUGUUAUGAGAUGUGUCAGAGACCAAAAUGGGAAUCAUGUAAUACAGAAGUGCAUUGAAUCUAUUCCAACUGCAAAUAUUGACUUUAUAAUAACUUCUUUUCGUGGUCAAGUUGCUAUUCUAUCUAUGCAUCCUUAUGGUUGCCGAGUCAUACAGAGAGUUCUUGAGCAUUGUUCAGAUGAGGUUCAGUGUCAGUUUAUUGUGGAUGAAAUCUUGGAGUCAGUUUUUACUCUUGCUCAGGACCAGUAUGGUAAUUAUGUUACUCAGCAUGUGUUGGAGAGAGGAAAGCCUCAGGAAAGGGGCCAAAUUAUUAACAAGCUGUCAGGACAUAUUGUCCAAUUAAGCCAGCACAAAUUUGCAUCAAAUGUUGUUGAGAAAUGUUUGGAGUAUGCUGAUGCCUCUGAACGGCAGUUGUUAAUCGCAGAGAUUGUUGGACAUGACAAACAAAAUGAUAAUUUAUUGACAAUGAUGAAAGACCAAUUUGCAAAUUAUGUGAUCCAGAAGGUUCUUGAGAUCUGUUCCGAAAAUCAGCGAGCAAUGUUACUUUCUCGCGUAAGACUUAAUGCUCAUGCUUUAAAGAAGUACACUUACGGAAAACACAUUGUGGCUCGGUUUGAACAGCUACUUGGAGAAAACCAAACACCUGGAUCAUGAUGACAAUAGCGGGUCUUGCACAAUGCUUCUGUGGCCUGCAAACACAUGUAUUUCUGUAUCACAGGAGAUAGAUGCGAUAUUUGAUCUAUUGACUAAAUCUAUGCUACCGUGGCUUCAUAUCUUCUGUUGCACCUUCAUAGUUUUCCGACAUUCGUGGCUUCAAGAAACAUUAGUGUAUGCAUGCAUACAUGAUGUGGUGAAACUUGAUGUAAUUAAGUCAUUUAAGUAAUUGGUUUGUAUAAUUAGUCGGAAGGAAAUCCUUAGUGAUGUAAAUUUACUGGAUCCUCUUCCUCUCUGCUUUACUGUGGUUUUUCUAUAGGAAAGGGCUGAGGACAAUCAUGGGUUUGUCUCUCCUUAAUA